AUGCCUAUGACACCAGUGUCUCGACAGAGCCGUGACAACCAAAUGAGUUAUAACUCAAACUGGUCGAGCUCUUUGAGAACCCCAGACAACAGGACUCCCAACAUUGAUGUACUCUGCGAUGCCGUCAAAAAUCUCUCCGUGUACUCCAAAAGCACUUCAGGCGUGCCAGCGUCUGGGGACCGAUCAAACCGGUCACCAGUAUCGAGGCUCCCCUGUCGCACCUCUCCUCCAAAAUUUAUCCCUUCUUCUGCUGUUGUUUUUCCUACUCCAUCUAUUGCAUCCUCCUUUAGAUCCUCAAGAAGACACUCGCGCCGUACUCCUUUGAAGGUCAACCGGUAUCUGACACGUUAUUCUCAUGUUCAAGGUUGGGACCAAGAUGAAAAAGAAGAAACGUUCGAAGCGAUGUUUGGGCGAUUCAUGCAUCAAAUUAAAGACUCGACUUCCCAUAGCACCGGGCUGCAAGAAGCAGUAGAACUCUACAAAUCUCGAAUCCAGGAGCUGGAGCAGCAAAAGACAGAGCUUACGGAGCAGAAUGUGAACCUCCGCGUAGAUGUCGAUUCAUUCAAAUUGCGGCUCGAAAGUACCGAAUCGAAAUGGAAAGACGCCGUUCGCGAAAGCGAAAUUGCGCUUGAUGAUGCUGACCGCCGCCACCGGAUGGACACCGAGACAAUGCGAUAUGAAGUCAAAAACCAAAUAGAUAUGAUCAAUCAAAAACACCAAGAGGAAAUGUGCAGCCUGCAACGCCGUCUGGAAUCUCAGUUGGAAGAAGAACGAGAGUCUCGCUUACGCGAGCUGAGACAAAUGAACUCGGAUUCUGCCAUGGAACGACAACGCGGCCAGAUUGACGUUGAGAAUAGGGAGCGUGAAAUUAGGCUUCUGAAAGAGGAAACCCAGAGGCUCCAGAACGACCUGGACAGAGAAUGCAUGAUGAAUAAAGAGUUACAGCAAAACCUGGUUCUCGCGAACGCGAACGCCGUAACGUUAGAGUCCUCAACUCGCGCCUUGAAAGCGCGUAUCGAGUUCCUUGAAUCGGGAAACAAGGAGCAGUCUGACGCCUUUGGAAGACUUGAUCAGCAGCUCAGCGAUGCCCUGGCCGAAACGAACGCGAUACGGGAGAAAUUACGAAAAGAGGAGACCUUGCGAAGAAAGCUCCAUAACCAGGUACAGGAACUGAGGGGAAAUAUUCGAGUCAUGUGUCGAGUGAGACCACUGUUAGACGCAGAACCCACCGAGAGUGCAGCGAGGAUUCAGUUCCCAGAUUACGACGCCGAUGGAAAGGAAAUCUCACUGCAGGGCCCAGAGGAAAAGAACAGCCUUGGAAAUAUUACAACCAAGAGUUAUUCCUUUUCUUUUGACCACGUGUUCGGUCCAUCUUCUCAGAAUCCUGAUGUUUUUGAGGAAAUAAGCCAGCUCGUCCAAAGCGCCUUGGAUGGCUAUAAUGUCUGUAUAUUUUGUUACGGACAAACAGGAAGCGGUAAGACGCACACUAUGUCAUCAGAAGAUGGUAUGAUACCCCGCGCAGUUACCCAAAUAUAUGAAACAGCGGCAGAUCUCGAAGAAAAGGGAUGGAAAUACACGAUGCAAGGAAACUUUGUGGAAGUAUACAAUGAAAACCUCAAUGACUUGCUUGGAAAGGCAGAAGAGUUUGACAAAAAGAAACAUGAGAUCCGUCACGAUAUGCAAAAGCACGAAACGACAAUCACCAACGUGACGACUGUCACAUUGGACUCACCGGCAACAGUCGAGUCCAUGCUUUGCCAGGCUGCGGCGAACCGAUCCGUUGCUGCCACCAAGGCAAAUUGGCGAUCUUCUCGGUCGCAUUCAGUGUUUAUAUUAAAGUUGAUCGGUGAGAACGCCAUCACCGGGGAACGAAGCGAGGGCACUCUCAAUCUGGUGGAUCUCGCUGGGAGUGAGCGGCUUAGCCACAGCGGAGCAACAGGAGACAGGUUGAGAGAAACCCAGAAUAUCAACCGCAGCCUAAGCUGUCUUGGUGAUGUUAUCGGCGCCCUUGGCCAAGGCAAAGAAGGUGGCCACAUACCUUAUCGUAACAGCAAACUCACCUAUUUACUUCAAUUUUCCUUGGGAGGCAAUUCCAAAACCCUUAUGUUUGUGAUGGUCAGUCCUCGGCAGGAGCAUCUUAACGAAACCCUGACUAGUCUUCGAUUUGCAACCAAGGUGCAUAAUACACAUAUUGGAACAGCCAAAAGGCAAACUAAAGUGCGGGACGCAUAA